AUGUCACUGAGCGCUGAUAUUGUGACACUUUGUGGUGGGAGAGGAUCGUUCAGCUCGGCCCCACCAGUUCUACACCAAAGGCCGUUACGAAUAACGAGCUCCGCGGAUUCGAAGGAGCCAUCCUGGCCGGUGGCCAAGUCUGAGUCUGGCAACCGUCUAUGCAGCCCUUCCACGCCAUCGGCCCCUAGCCGACACUAUGGACACUGCAGCAAACUCGACUGUCGAGGAUUCCAAGUCCACUACGAGGAAAAGCUCCUUAAGGAAGCAAGUCUGGCGGAAAGAGCGGUCCCAGCAUGUUGA